AUGCAGUUAUUCAUCGAGUUACAUGACAACGAUAAUCUUGUACACGAAUAUUUCAAAUAUGAAUUUGACAGUGAGACUAAGUUGGAACAUUUGGAAAGGGAAAUCUAUUCGGUGUGGAAGAUCGACUAUCAUUUUCAAAAAAUGUUUUUCGAAAGCGGGAAUAACCUCAUUGGACUAAGUGAAAAUAGCCUACAAUCUUUCGGAGUGACACAUGGCAGUAAAAUUAUAGUGAAGCAUUCUGAAGUUUCACGAUGGGUUCAAUAUCGGGAUUGUGUUGAGAAUGUCAGAAAAAGGCUGGCACCUGAUGUUGAUACUGCCCACAGAGCUGUCCAACACCAUGAGAUUUUGAUUUUGAGUCAUUUUUUCGACGCGUACGUUGCUUUUGAGGACUACCGCCGAAAGCAUCAACCUGAGGUUGCACGGGCGGACGGCGUUGUCGAGUUAAUGGCUAAUGCUGCGGAGAAUCAUUUUUUGAUCCAACACGGAAUGCGCGGAGGUACAACAGAAGAUGGGUUUAAGUAUGAAUGGAACCCGAGAUCAGACGAUAUGCGUGGUACACGGAACGGCAUAAUUGCUCACGUCCAGCUUCAUGGAGAGGAGCAUCCGACGAAAUAUUCUGUGAAGUGUCAUCACUACGGCUCCACCGCGUUUUCUUCCAAAGGUUAUUCUCCGGAUAUUCUUGAACUCUUUUCAUACAAGAUUCUGGAACUUCUUAAUGUUGGACCAGCAGUUCAGUUUAUUCUUCCUUCUUCAAGCACAGGAGGGAAGACAUCCACGUACAUUGCUUCAAUCUGGCGAGAUGAUUUCAUCCGCCAAUCUGACCUUUCCGAUAAGAAUGACUUCAGUAUAAAAGCACUCAUCCAACUACGGUUGUUAAAUGUGCUGUUUUUCAUCGGCGAUCUUCAUGGAGAUAACUGUGGUCAGUGGAAGUCAACAGAUAGAGCUGCCGUCGUUGAUUUGAUCCCGCUACCGUAUGCCACUUAUCCAGAUGUUAAAAGAGCGGUACGUAGUCCUAUCAAACUACCUUGGGAUGACGUGCCUCGAAAGUUGCUUUUGGAGUACAAUGAAGAAAAAUUUUGGGAUCUAGCCAGAGAAUCUUUGGGUGAUUGGAAUGUCUUGGAAAACAUAAAGCUAGCAAAUGAGUUGAUCGUGAAAGAGAAAAGUCUGAUGAAAAAGUUAGAAAUUGAUUUUCGAGGUAUAGAUAGCGAAUCUAACUAUACGGUGACAAAUGACCUGGAGAAUCACAUGGAUGCUAUAAAGGCCAAUAUAGAAAAACUCUCAAAUGAAUUGGGUUAG